GUCGGCAAUCAUUUUGGUAUGGUUUUUUCAUCGUAUAAAAGAGGAGCGAAAUUAAUCAAAAAUCCAAAUUCAUCGCAUCGCCUCUCUUUCUAUACGAAAUUGAAUAAUUAAAAAAAAUAAAAUUUUGAUGGAAAAGGGAAAAUCUGCUCGACAAGCCGUAGAAAUCUCGUUGAAGAAGCUCAAUCUGAACGCUGAUCGAAACUUUAAAUCCUCUCGUUUGAUAUCUUCUCUUCACUCAUCAAAGUUACGCAUUGAGAAGACGAAACCUCCUAGUUUAGUGAGCUUGUGCCUUGGAGUUAUUGGUCGGCAUCUGGAGGAAAUUAUCGAGGAUUUAAGUGAAAUUGCUGUUAAUUUUCCCGCGGAUAUUAAGAUACCAUUGGCAGCAAUAGCAAGGAGAAGAAAAUUACUGAAUGAUGAUGUCAUCAUCUCCUUGGCCGAUAGUUCUUGGGAAAUUCUUGACCUUUCUGGUUCAGAUGUUUCCGAUUUUGGCUUAGCUAAAGUAGCUGAAAUGUGCAAAUCUCUUCGGGCUGUGGAUAUAAGCCAAUGCAAAAAAAUUACUGCCAAUGGUGUUUCUGAACUUGUACGGCACUGUCAUUCAUUGGAGACAAUGAGAUGCGGAGGGUGCCCUUCAAGCGAGUCUACAGCCUGGCGAUGCUUAGGCAUACUGAAGCCAAAGCUGAAUGAUGUGGAGGGAGAUUCUUGGGAGGAGCUUGAUACCAUGGAGAUUGGUCAUGGUGCACAGUCUUUGCGUUGGCUUGUGUGGCCGAAAAUUGAUGAAGACACAUUAGAGAUGUUGUCGGCUGAAUGCCCACGGAUAAUUGUAAAUCCGAAGCCCUCACUUUUUGGUUUUAAAGGGACUGAAUUUCCUAGGGAAGCAUUUCCAGAUGUUGCUUUGGAUGAUCCGAUUGUUGAGGACAUUGAUCCCAAAACAUGGUCUAUUUGUCGAUCUAUGCCAAAGGCAAUGUCUCCUUCACUUUCAAGUGCCAAUGAGUUAUCCAUAGCAGAAAAGUUUAGACUUGCCUUUGUGGAAAGAGACACACGUUUAGCUCCAAAGCGUGCGAAAAAUGCAAGACAGCAUCAGCGCCGUGCAGAGAGGGAGUGGAUGAUGACAAGUACACGAGCCAAGGCAUUAGCUUUGGCCUCAAAAGCAACCAAAUCUCUACAUGGUCGAAGCUGAUCAAGAUAUGUUAAAUGUGCAGCACUAAUAGACCAUAAGCUAUCGUCAUUUCACCUUAUUUUCGUUUUUGGGGGGAACGGGGAUGUGUAAUAGAACCUGUAAAAUACAUGAUGGAGUAAGCAAGGGCUUUGGCAAUAACUUUGAUUUUGCAUUCUUUGCCUAUAUCCAUCAUCAUCCUCUCGGAGACAAAUGGAACUUCGGAGGGCACGCUUAAAUUAGUAUAAGUUGUUGAUUUUUGUAUGCAAAUGUUAAUACUUACUUUGUUCUAUAA